UUAUUGUUAGUUGAGAAGUUAGACAUUUUCGUGCUAAUGAGACAUAAAGCAGGUUGCAGUUUUUCUCGCUAUCUGUGUUAAAAAAUGAUGGAGGAUUUCUCAGGCCUGGCUUUGCCUCCUCUCUUCGGCGGUCACAUCCUGGAGACCGAACUGGAGGCUGCGGGCGUUGAGCUAGCUGCAGGAGCCACCGAGAUCCUGGAGAGCGGAGGAAUUCCUCAGGACAUAGAGAAGGACACGAGGGAACUGGACAAGAGGAAAUAUCAGGCUCUGAGCAAAAGGGUCAAGGAGCUGGAACAAGUGAAUGAAAGGAUGCUGGCUCGCCUUCACCGUGUCCAAAGACUCACACGCAGACUGAAAAAAGAAAGAAGGUUCCUCAUGAAGACCCUGGACACGUACGGAGAUGAUUACAGGAAUGCAGAGAUAACGAUACCGCUAGAGGAUGAGGGCGGAGCAAAUUUAGACGGCACCCCUGGAGUAGAUGACGGAGGCUCCUCCCCCUCCACCACCAACCAACCCGCAUGCGGACCAAAGAAAAAGCGGCACCGGGUUCCCAAGGAGAAAGAUAGAGACGCUCAGGCGGAGUCUGAGCUGUGUGUGAUGUCUGAGACAGCGUUUACGGCGUUCCCGAGCCCAAAUUCCCUCUCGCACUGAGCUCUGGCCUGCUAAAAUGUGUGUCAAAAACAGGAUUUGUUGGGGGCGUGGCCGGGCAUUUCUAAGCAGAUCUAUGCGUAAAAAACAAUUUUGAUUAAAACAUAGUUCACAUUUAAUUUGUAUUAAUUAAACAAUUAUGUUAAACAGGCAGCUCUACGCUUCAUGUGUUUCGGUUGCCAUUUUUAAGUGUCAAAAUUAUUUAUUGUUUUAAGAGCGAAUGUUGCUAAUUAUGAUUGUAUUAUAGUGAACUGUUUUUAUCCGAGUCAUAUUUUUUUAUUUUUGUAUUAUUAAUGAUAAACAGAUGUUAAUAUUGUUUGUUAUGAUGUUCUGGAUAAAUAAAGAAAU